CUGAGGGAGGGGCCAGCCCGCGGCGCCAGGAGCCCGACCGGAUCCCGCGCCCCUCUGCCCGCGCUCUGCGCCGCCACCGACAUGGGGGCCUGUCUGGGCGCCUGCUCCCUGCUCAGCUGCGUGUCCUGCCUCUGCGGCUCUGCCCCCUGCAUCCUGUGCAGCUGCUGCCCCUGCCGCCACAGCUCCACACUGAGCCGCCUCAUCUUCACGGCCUUCCUCUUCCUGGGGGUGCUGGUGUCCGUCAUCAUGCUGAGUCCCAGUGUGGAGAGCCAGCUCUACAAGCUGCCCUGGGUGUGUGAGGAGGUGGCCGGGUCCCCUGUCGUCCUGCAGGGCCACGUGGACUGUGGCUCCCUGCUCGGCCACCGUGCCGUCUACCGUAUGUGCUUCGCUAUGGCCGCCUUCUUCUUCCUUUUCACCCUGCUCAUGAUCUGCGUGCGCAGCAGCCGGGACCCCAGGGCUGCCAUCCAGAAUGGGUUUUGGUUCUUUAAAUUCCUGGUUUUCGUGGGCAUUACCGUGGGCGCCUUCUACAUCCCUGACGGCUCCUUCUCCAACAUCUGGUUCUACUUCGGUGUCGUGGGUUCCUUCGUCUUCCUCCUCAUCCAGCUGUUGCUGCUCAUCGACUUUGCGCACUCCUGGAACCAGCGGUGGCUGAACAAGGCUGAGGAGAGCGGCUCCCGCGCCUGGUAUGCAGGCCUCUUCUUCUUCACCCUCCUCUUCUACGCGCUGUCAGUCGUGGCCGUGGCACUGCUGUUCAUCUACUACACCCAGCCCGGCGCCUGCUACGAGGGCAAGGUCUUCAUCAGCCUCAACCUCAUCUUCUGUUUCUGCAUAUCCAUAGUCGCUAUCCUGCCCAAGGUGCAGGAUGCCCAGCCCAACUCGGGUCUGCUGCAGGCCUCGGUCAUCACGCUCUACACCAUGUUUGUCACCUGGUUGGCCUUAUCCAAUGUCCCCGACCGGAAAUGCAACCCCAACCUGCUGACCCACGUUGGCAACGGGACCGUGCUGGCGGGCCCCGAGGGCUACGAGACCCAGUGGUGGGAUGCACCGAGCAUCGUGGGUCUCGUCAUCUUCAUCCUGUGCACCCUCUUCAUCAGUCUGCGCUCGUCGGACCACCGGCAGGUAAACAGCCUGAUGCAGACGGAGGAGUGCCCACCUGUGCUGGAGGCCACGCAGCAGCAGCAGCAGGCGGCGGGCUGCGAGGGCCGGGCCUUCGACAACGAGCAGGACAGCGUCACCUACAGCUACUCCUUCUUCCACUUCUGCCUGGUGCUCGCCUCUCUGCACGUCAUGAUGACGCUCACCAACUGGUACAGACCCGGUGAGACCCGGAAGAUGAUCAGCACGUGGACCGCUGUGUGGGUGAAGAUCUGUGCCAGCUGGGCAGGGCUGCUUCUCUACCUGUGGACCCUGGUAGCCCCCCUCCUCCUGCCCAACCGUGAUUUUAGCUGAGGCAGCUCCCUGCAGCCAGCCCACCUGGUGCUUCUAGGCUCAGUGACAGCAGGCUGAGCACCCGCCCCACCUCCGGGACUUGCCCCUGAGCUGGGCCCCUCUGUUCUUAGUGCCUUCAGGGAGGAGGAGCAUGAGGCCCCUCCCUCCCACUGCCACCCACGCCGACCAUGGAGCUGCCUCCUCCUUGCCCUCACCCCCAUUCGCCCACACUUGCCCUCUUGGGAAAAAAGGGGCCCUUGUUCUAAGGCUCCCCAGGAGAGGGUCCUGAAGGAGAGAAACACUGAGAGCUGCUCAGAGAGCAGCAGUGCUCACCGCGAUGGGGUGCCCGGGUUUUCCUGACCAUGUACUCCAGGACAUCCCAUCCCCUUCCUGGGCUCCGUGCCUUACUGAGUCUCUAAGACUCUGCCAAUAAAGAAGCCGGUGUGUGUGCCUCCCA